UAUCCAUGUUCAAUAAUGAUUAAAAGCUCUUGAAGGAGAGAUCUCGGUCAUUGAUAGCGGAAUAAAUUCUGAAUUCUGAGUUGAAGAUUCCGAUAUGUAUAUAUAUACUUAUCGCUCCAUCCAUCAUCCUCUUUGCGGCGACAUCCAGCUCCCCUUUAGCCUCAGUUUCAUAUGACUGACACUUUUAUGGAAGAGAUUGGUUCUGUCUGUAUGGAUGCCAAAUCAUUGGACACCAGCUCGAAAGAUGCAAUCAGCAUGCUCCCAGAUGAGGUUCUUGGCAAAAUCUUGUCCUCACUCCCUACAAAACAGGCUGCUUCAACCUCUGUUCUUGCUAAAAAGUGGAGGAAUGUGUUUAGAUUAGUUCAUAAUCUUGAUUUUGAUGAUUAUGACUUGCUGCAACCGGAAGAUGGUCCAGAAGAGAGGGAUGUGAUGCGUGAGAGCUUCAGGAAUUUCAUAGAUAAAACACUCGCUUUGCAAUGCGGUUCUCCUAUCAAGAGAUUCUCUCUAAAAUGUGUCAUUCACAUGGCCAGCGAGUUGGCUUGUGUGGGCCGCUGGAUAUGUAAUGCCGUAGAACGUGGUGUUUUGGAGCUGGACGUAAGCAUACAGACCUUCUAUAAACUCGUUCUGAAUUCUGAAAGUGGUGAUUUUGAACAGCCCGAAGAUAGGAGAUACAGUGAAGUCUUUCUGCCUCCUGAGCUCUUCAAGAGCAAGACGCUGGUUAAGCUUACACUGGGAACAGAAAUUGAUUUUGGAGAUAUUCCUCCAGAUGUGUCUCUUCCAGCGCUUAAGAGUCUCUGCAUUGAUUCAAUAUUUUUUUGUUGUGAUGAUCUGUGUUAUGUUCUUCUUCCUGGUUGUCCGGUGCUAGAGGAGUUGGCUGUACGUCACGGGGACUAUGAAGGAUACCCAUACUGCAUAUCGAGUCGGACCAUCAAGAAACUGUUGGUUCACUACGAUUGUGAGUUUGCAGUUGAGGCCAUGAAUAGUAUGUCAUUUGACGCCCCAAGUCUAGUUUCCCUCGACUACUCCGAUUAUGCCUUGGCUGAGUACGCACAAGUUAAUUUGGAGUCCCUAGUGGAAGCUAGGCUCGAUCUGCGUUAUUCUGAAAAGGUCAAGGAGCCGGAUGUAACUGGUCUGAUUAUAGGGAUAAGCAACAUCGAGACGCUGCAUCUAUCUCCCGGUUCUGCUGACGUGAUUUCUCGAUGUGUUGAACGUGGACUAUUUCUACCGGUGUUGAACAAUCUGAUUAAUUUAUCUUUUGAGAGUAACAACAAACGAGGUUGGACUCUGUUGCCAUAUCUGCUUAAGCAGUGUCCAAAGCUUGAAACUCUAAUCAUCCAGGGUUUGGAUGGUUACACAGGCGAUGUUACCAUGCGUCCAUCCAAAGUAAAGGUGUUGCAUGUUCUUGGUUACGGAGGAACAUCGAAAGAGUUGGAACACUUGAAGAGUAUCAUUGGGGAAUCAACAUGGCUUGAACUGGUGCAAGUGGAGGUUGCACAAGGUGUUGUGGUGGAUGAUGUCAUUCUAUGGCGAAUCUAUAGGGAUCUAAAGACGCACCUUGGAGUUUCAUCAAAGUGCAAGAUCAAAGUUGCAUAAUUCAUAUAUAGCUUUGACAAUUAUUUAUUUUGUGUAACACUAAACAAACUCAUAAAUGGCUUCAUGUCUUAUUGCUCUUGCAUGAGCCUCUUUUAUUGCAUGGAGCUAAUUUUCUGUUGCAUUUAAACUCAUAAAUUACUUCUAAGCUGAUUUUAUGCUGGCAGUUGGUA